UUGUAUACGUCAUCAGUUCCUCUGAUUGCUAUGGAACAGCGUGGACUGGUUGGUCGGCUGGUCGGCGGUGACUGAGUGACUGAGUAUUUCACUUAUAAAAGUUCCUUUGGUCCAGAUGGAGAUGGAGCACAAGGUGUACAUCUUGUUCCUUUGUGGAUUUUUUUGUCUUAACGUGUUUGCUCACGGAGCCAGACAGAGCCAGGACAUCAAAUGUGGAGCUUGCAGAGCAUUAGUUGAUGAAUUAGAAUGGGCCAUAUCUCAAGUAGAUCCAAAGAAAAUGAUCCAAAUAGGAUCAUUUAGGAUAAAUCCUGAUGGCAGCCAGUCCAUAAAAGAGGUUCCUCUUGCCCGUUCCGAGGGUCACCUUCUUGAACUGAUGGAAGAAGUAUGUGACAGGAUGAAGGAUUACGGGGAACGUGUGGAUCCUACCACUAAUCGUAAGACAUAUGUGAGACAUACCUCACGCGACGGCACCUCCAUGGAUCUCUCCGAUGUGACCUUAGACACAAGAGUCAGCGCCAGUUUAAAGUUCGCUUGUGAAACAAUUGUUGAGCAUAAUGAGGAUGAAAUUAUUGAAUUCUUUGCUCAUGAGACAGACAACGUUAAGGACAAGCUCUGCAGCAAGAGAACAGAUCUUUGUGACUACGCUCUAAAGAUACCUCACGACGAGCUAUAACAUCACAGCAGUACCUGCCACUGUAAAGAGCUGAUCAUCGGUGGUCUCACUCCAGCACACUUGAAUUUGUGAAGCAGUGUCAGAUUUAAUCUGCAUAUGUUAGUAUUUAAUCCAGUCUAAAAUGAACUGGCCACAGAUCUUUGUCAGAUAUUAUUUUUAAAAUCUGGUUGCAGUUGUGUAUUAUGUACAGCCUGAUUGUCCACUGUGCGUUGGGUGCUAUGAACACACCUAGUUUGCGUUCAUUUGUCCACAGUGUGAUGCAAUUAAAGUUGUAUUUCCAUUUAAAA